GCCCCGCCAUGGAGGACCUGGAUGCCCUGCUGUCUGACCUGGAGACCACCACCUCACACAUGCCAAGGUCGGGGGUUCCAAAAGAGCGGACCCCAGAGCCUCUCACAGCUCCCCUGCCCUAUGGCCACCAACCACAGACAGGGUCUGGGGAGUCUUCCGGAGCCUCUGGGGACAAGGACCAUCUAUACAGUACGGUUUGCAAGCCUCGGUCCCCAAAGCCUGCAGCCCCUGCGGCCCCUCCCUUCUCCUCUUCCAGCGGUGUCUUGGGCACAGGGCUCUGUGAGCUAGACCGGUUGCUUCAGGAACUUAAUGCUACCCAGUUCAACAUCACAGAUGAAAUAAUGUCUCAGUUCCCUCCAAGCAAGGAGACUGUAGGGGAACAGAAGGAGGACCAAUGUGAGGACAAGAAAAGGCCCAGCCUCCCUCCCAGCCCGUCUCCGGUGCUCCCAAAGCCUUCAGCAACCUCCGCCACCCUGGAGUUGGAUAGAUUGAUGGCUUCGCUGUCGGAUUUCCGUGUCCAAAACCAUGUGAAUCAGCUUCCAGCGUCUGGGUCAGCCCAGCCGCCAGAGCCAAGCUCUGUGAAUGAGGACUCCCCAUCCUCACCAGGGCCGGCCAGCAAGGGCAGCCUAGACACCAUGCUGGGGCUGCUGCAGUCUGAUCUCAGCCGCCGUGGUGUUCCUACCCAGACCAAGGGUCUCUGUGGCUCCUGUAAUAAACCUAUUGCUGGGCAAGUGGUGACUGCGCUGGGCCGGGCUUGGCAUCCUGAGCACUUCAUUUGCGGCGGCUGUUCCAUGGCCCUGGGAGGCAGCAGCUUCUUUGAGAAGGACGGAGCCCCCUUCUGCCCUGAAUGCUACUUUGAGCGCUUUUCCCCACGAUGUGGCCUCUGCAAUCAACCCAUCAGACACAAGAUGGUUACUGCCUUGGGCACCCACUGGCACCCGGAGCAUUUCUGCUGCGUCAGUUGUGGGGAGCCCUUCGGAGAUGAGGGUUUCCACGAGCGAGAGGGUCGCCCCUACUGCCGCCGCGACUUCCUGCAGCUGUUCGCGCCGCGCUGCCAGGGCUGCCAAGGCCCCAUUCUGGACAACUACAUCUCGGCGCUCAGCGCCCUGUGGCACCCGGACUGCUUCGUCUGCAGGGAAUGCUUCGCCCCCUUCUCGGGAGGCAGCUUCUUCGAGCACGAGGGCCGCCCGCUGUGCGAGAACCAUUUCCACGCGCGGCGCGGCUCGUUGUGCGCCACGUGCGGCCUCCCGGUGACCGGCCGUUGCGUGUCGGCCCUGGGCCGUCGCUUCCACCCGGACCACUUCACCUGCACCUUCUGCCUGCGCCCGCUCACCAAGGGCUCCUUCCAGGAGCGCGCCGGCAAGCCCUACUGCCAGCCUUGCUUCGUCAAGCUCUUCGGCUGACCGCCUGCGGGGCUUGGCUCCGCGAGAGACCAAGGCCCUAAUGACCCCACCCUUCCCCCAAAAGACCCCACGGCCUCGGCCAAGCUCUUUGAGCCGGGGGUCUCUCCCCAGCCCACCCUGGGAAGCCCCACCCACUGGAGAGACCCGCCCCCGAGGUACUCUAUUCUAUACUCUUCAGUUCUCUAGGGUCAGAUUCACAAAAGGGCCCGCCAACUUCAAGACCACAUAGGUGGGUCCUGCACUGCAAAGCAGCCUACCUGAGGUCUCCACUUUAUCCCCACCCUUGAGGGAGCCCGCUGACUGGAGGCGGGCCCUUGCAAGUCCCACUAACUAGAGGACAGGCCAGGACAUACCUGCUCCCCGCACCCUCACUGUUCUGUGCACUUUUUUUUCUACCUACAUAAAAACACAUGCCA